UGCAGCACAACUGGUCGCGUGCAGCGAGAGAGAGAAUAUGGAUUCCUCUCGCCGGCAGUCUCCUCAGAGAGACAGCGAGACACCUUUUGAAGAGCUUCCAAACCUACCCAAGCCUAUCAUACCUCAGAUAGACCUCAACAUACAGAGAAUGGACAUAAACGGAAUGCUCAAAUACAAACCCUCUAUAGCCCUGCAGCGUAAGGUAGGCUACAGUGUGAGGGAUCAUGCGACUCAGACUAAGGAAACAGAAAUGGUCGACUUGCAGCAUGAAAUUGAAGUGCUACAGGUCCUGGUACAAGAUGCCGGAAAGCUGCGUAAAGACUUUGCAUUUACCACCAACAUGUUGAGAGCCAAUUAUGAGCAACAGAUUACAGACCGAUCCACAGAACUGUAUUGUAGAGUGAAUGAAAAAAUGUACGAGCUUGAGAAACAAAACAAGACAAAAAUCAACCAAUUGAGGAAGAGUUUUCAAAUGCAGCUUGAUAACGCUAUACACAGGAUUGCUGGAGAAUAUAAAGCAUAUUACGACAGUGUGCUGGCAGGAAAGCUGGGAUUUAAUAACUCAGCAAUGGAGGAAAUAAAAAAAGAACUUUCAGAGAAAAAUCUAUUACUGAGACAACAGGAAGUACAAAUUGAGAAUCUUGAAGCAAAAUUGAAAGAACAAGCAGGAUUAAGCAAGAAAGAACCUUCAGAGUCACCUAUUCCUGUUGGAAUAAGUGAAGAAGAGGUAGAAUCGCUCAAUGUGAAGAUUGCAUACUUGGAAGAUGAGCUGGGAUCGGUUAAAAUUGAGCUGGCUACACAAGAAGAUGAAAAUAUAAGACUAAAGAAACAGCUCGAUAAAAUGACUAGGCACUUAGAAGACCAGAAAGAAAAGUACAGCCAGCUUGAAAAAGAUUCAGACAGCUACAAGAAAAAAAUAAUGGAGGAGCAAGAAAAAGCAGCUAAAAUGGCUGAGAAUCGUUUGGCAGUGAUGGAAAAGGAACUAAAAGAGAAAAUGGAAGCAGCCACAAAGCAGGCUAUGCAAAAGGCACAGGAGCAAGCAGACAUGCAACGAAUGAAAGAUCAGGCAAAAUUCCAAGAGGAAAUUUCAAAAAGGAAAGCAAAAGAAGAUGAAUUAUUAUUAGAAGCAAAUAAGAAACCAACUGUGCUUGGAGACAAAGAGCUAUUGAAGCAGUUGGAACGCCUUGAAGAAAUAGAGCAGCAACAAAAACAUGAAAUACAGAGGCUGAACAAAGAGCUGGAAAGAGUUAACAAAGUAUGGGAAUUAAAAAUGGCAGUCAUGAAGAAAAAUUUUCAAUCAUUAAAGAACGAGCUUCAUCUAAGACACACACUAGAAAGACAAUCAGUUCAUCUACACCAUGCUACUGUGGGAUAUGCUAGCACUGGUAGGGCUGGACGAGAGAGCGUACAUAUACCAGUUAUACCAGAUCCUUCAACAAAAUCAGAAAGAAGACCACCGACACGAAUUGUGCAACAAGAAAGUUCAAGUCCUGUACCAGAACAAUUAUUCACAAGAUCCAAGAGUGUACACUUUGACGAAUCAAAGCCACCAAACUCCACGCAACCAAUGCAAGCAUGAGUGAACCAGAGACACUCUGUAUAAUAGAUUGUGAGAUUAUUUUAAUAUCAUCAUAAAACUGA